AAGCGAUACAAAAUUGAUAAACGAACUCACACUGUGAAGGUCUAGUCGACAGGUACUCGUUGUAGACAAAGAAGUGGUGUGAUCGUGAAUUUUCAGAUUAUAGUGAAAAAAAUAUUGUGAAAAUGGUGUCCGUUCAGACGAUAGCGACUAUUGUCGUUAAAGCUUUCAAAAUUGUAUUGAACAUAAUUAUCCUGGUGCUCUACCGAACUGGCUACAACGGCGAGUUUCUCGGAGUGGGCGGUACAUGGAACUUGAACGAAGAAAAGAACCCAGACGCUGAGAUCGUCGCGUCAGGAGUUAUCGUCGGCUACCUGAUCUACACGCUGGUGCAAGUUGUUACCUUCCUGUUUGGCACCACGGAGCAUAAACGCGCCAUGUCUGAGAUCGUGAUGAACUUCGUGGGCGUGUUCCUGUGGAUCGCGGUGGGCGCGGUGGCGCUGCACUACUGGGGCGGGUACCAGGGCGAGCACCAGUUCCAAUUCGUUUUCGCUGAGAAACAAGUGGGUCUCGCAGUGGGUGCUCUCUGUGUGAUCCAAGGCGCAGUGUACCUCUUAGAUACAGCACUAUCCGUCAUACACUUCACUAAGGAGAUGUAAAUUUAAGUGCAUUUAAUUCGUUAAUCAUAGUUUUAAUAAACCUUUGAGUCGAACGAGAAGUUUCCGAAUAAACGAAUAACAUUAUAUGGUUAGUAAGUUAUAAUAAUAAAAAAAAACAGGUGAAAUUAUAUUCUAUUUCCAAAAGUUUGAAUUUCGAAUGUCAUCAAUUGUCUACAAAUUACAAACAAAAAUAGAAAAAUAAUUAGCUCUCAACAAUCUUCUUCGUUUUCCCACCUCUUCUUAGUUAAGAACAUAAUACAAAUUUUGUAUAUCAAUUUUAUUUUAUAAUGUAAAGUUAAUUUUGAAAUAAAUAUUAAAAGAAAA